AUGAAUAUCCGUUGCGCAAAACCCGAAGACCUGAUGAACAUGCAGCACUGCAAUUUGCUCUGCCUGCCGGAAAAUUACCAAAUGAAGUACUACUUCUAUCACGGACUUACGUGGCCCCAGCUCAGUUACGUGGCCGAGGACGACAAGGGCAACAUUGUGGGGUACGUCUUGGCUAAAAUGGAGGAACCCGAACCGGGCGAGGAGAGCACUCAUGGACACAUUACCUCGCUGGCGGUAAAACGGUCCUACCGUCGGUUAGGAUUAGCCCAGAAACUAAUGAAUCAGGCCUCGCAUGCGAUGGUUGAAUGCUUUAACGCGCAAUACGUAUCGUUGCACGUCCGGAAAUCGAACCGGGCCGCCCUCAAUCUGUACACCAACUCGCUCGGCUUCCGGAUCCUGGAGAUCGAACCUAAAUACUAUGCGGAUGGGGAGGAUGCCUACUCGAUGCGACGCGAUCUGGCCGAACUGGCGGAACUGUACGGGGCCGCUGGACGGGAAAACUGCAGCGAUGAUGUGGUGGCCAAUCAUGCCGGCGGCGGAGGCCACGCUGGACAUGAUGGGCACUGCUGCUGAACGAAAAACUGAACUGCCGAAUGUAUGUGGGUAAGCCAAAUGGAUCAUCUCUUUUGUAAUUACGACAACAAUGGAAGUGCUUGUGUAGGUUGAUAAGAGGAAAAUCUACACAAUACAAGAUAAACCAGAUUGGGUGAACGGA